GAGCAGAAAUACGGAGCACAUACAUUCCGUCCUUCUGGGUUCGCGCACGGCGCUAUGGCCCAAAGAACGGCCCGCCUAGCGUGCAAGCGCCGUUGAGCCGCAGUACAGCCGCCGGAUACACUCAAAGCCGCGCAUGCCUGCAGUCCAUUCUAGGCGUCGCACACCUCCUCUGCGACAUUUCUUUCCACCUCGCGAAUGGAAUCGGGUGCAGUCGAUCACGCGACCGUGCGAUCCGUGAAGACGAAACGAGUCGCCGCACAGCACGGUCCGUCGCACGCUCCGUCGUCGCGCAUUGCCGGAGCAUCGUCGCCUCGAGGCGGCGAUCGCCAUGCGACUCUCUGGAGCACCUUGGACUGCUGGGGCUCACGGGAGCCGGGCUCCCCCCGUUAUAAGCGCCCUCGUGCACUCACAUUCACGCUAAUAACUCUGUUUCUAUCCGCCUUUGUUCUUCUCGUCGUACGAUGGCCGCUCGAGGAGUCCUUUCUGCACUCUUAUCUCGGAACUGGGAGGGCUAGUAACGCCGAUGGAGCUCGAGUCGAGUGCAUCCCUGGCAAUGCAGGCGAGGGCGGCAGCGACCGCGUGUUCGCCAAGAGAGAGGAGGAUCGAGCGGUGCCCAGGCAGCAGCUAGAGCAACAAGAGUCGGAAAAAACCGCGGGAAUAGAGCAGCAAGAGCAGCAGGAGAAGCGGGAGACGCAAGAGCAGCAGCAGCAGGCAGGGCAGCAGGGCGGAGUGCCAGGCCAGCACGUGCAGCUGAGAGUGGGCCCCGACGAGCAGCACGACAGCGGCGUGCCCUCACAGCCGUUCGUGUACAUAUACGACCUGGGCCCACAGCUGACGGCCAAGGUGCUCAAGCUGCCGCUCGAGUGGUACUCGGAGCAGUACGACCUGGAGAAGCACUUAACGGAGAUGCUUAUGAAGAGGACGGACAACCCCGUGCGCACCAUGGACCCCGAGCAGGCGUCGCUGUUCUUCGUGCCGUUCUACGUGUCGCGGUACCUCUUCUCCUUCUUCCACAACGACCAGAAGAACAUGCGCCAGUGCAUCCAAAAGAGCUCGCUGGCGUGGACGAGAGUCCUGGAAGCUGUGCGCACCAAGUUCCCCUACUUCAACCGCACCAACGGCCGAGACCACUUCAGCAUCCUGACGCUCGAUCACGGCCGAUGCCACUCGCUGACCUUCGUGGAUCCGCGGCUGGUGGGCGAGAUGUUCUUCAUCUCUUAUAACGGGGACAAGCUCGUGCGCAGCAACCACGCUGGCACAGACAUCGACAUGCAGCUCCUCUCCUACCAGUACGGGGGCCCAGUGGACCCCUCCAUCCCCGACAUCGCGUGCUACAUGCCGGACCGGGACAUAGUGGUGCCCGUAGUGGUGCGCGACCAGGUGCCCUUUGUGUCGCCCUUCGCGUGGCCGCGCAAGUGGACUGCCAUCUUCCGAUUCGUGGCCUCGCCGCACAAGCAAGUGCUGCUGAGCAUACGAAAGGCCAUCAUACAGGUGGCCAAGAACGACAUGGCCCCGGGGUGGGACAUGUUUCCCAAGAGUGAGGAGAGGACGGACGGAGACUGGCAGCACAGCGUCUUCUGCAUCUGCCCCCCCGGCCACUCCCAGUGGACCAGCCGCCCCUUCAAGGCGCUGAUCUCUGGGUGCAUACCCGUGACAUUCUUCAGGGAGCACGACAACCCGUGGCAGGACACGCUCAACUACGAGUCCUUCUCCAUCAACAUCGACCCCGACGACGUGCCGUCGCUCAAAGAGCGCCUCGCCAAGGCAGACGUGCCGCAGCUGCAGAAAGGGGUGCAGCAGGUGCAGGCUCUCUUCCGGUGGACGGGGUCGUGGAGUGAGGGAGCCGAGUCCAUGCUGCUGCAGGAGCUGAGGGCCAAAGUGGCCUUCUUGCAUCGUUUCAAACAAGGCUGAACCGCUGGAGUCAUGCAACAUGUUCAGAUUUUUUUUUUUUUUUUUUUGUUGAGACGUAUGAAGUACAUCAACAACAUACGUACACCAAGACAUCAUAUGGCAAAAGUUCGAGUUGAGCUUUUGAGCAAGCAGUCUAAAAAAAGGGUGCGUGUUGCGCGUAUCCUUCUCUCAAGGUAAUGAAUUGACCAGAAUAGGGCAUAUAGGGUAUUUUUGUUCACAGUUGUUGGAAAUACCUCGAAGACUUAAGCGUUUCUGA